AUGGCGGUGUGCAUUGCCACCUGGGAUCCUCCCAUUCUGUAUCUGAAUGCCUGGUGUCUCCCCAGCAUGCUCAUCUUUCUUUUGGCUUCCAAGGCCCUUCUUGCUAAUCAUGAAUUCAAGCAUGCCACAGAAAACCUAACAGUUCUGGAGUUUCGGCUUCUGUCGGUGCAAGUCACCUUCUGCCUAAAGUUAAUGAUCAUCGCACCACAUUCUCCUUCCAAUAAGUUCAGACAAGAAGGGCAGGGCAGCUGCAGUGCCUACAGUGGGGACAAGCCUGGGUCUCAGGAGUGUCUGGCCCAUAUCUUUCCAGAGAGCUCCUGUGGGAACAAGCGAGCAGACCUGGUCUUCAUCAUUGACAGCUCCCGCAGCGUCAACACCCACGAUUAUGCCAAGGUCAAAGAAUUCAUUGUGGACAUCUUGCAGUUCUUGGACAUCGGUCCUGACGUCACGCGGGUCGGCCUGCUCCAAUACGGCAGCACGGUCAAGAACGAGUUCUCCCUCAAGACCUUCAAGAGGAAAUCUGAGGUCGAGCGAGCCGUCAAGAGGAUGAGGCAUCUGUCCACGGGCACCAUGACAGGGCUGGCCAUCCAGUAUGCCCUGAAUAUUGCCUUCUCAGAGGCAGAGGGGGCCCGGCCCCUGCGGGAGAAUGUGCCCCGGGUCAUAAUGAUCGUGACAGAUGGAAGACCACAGGACUCGGUGGCUGAAGUGGCGGCCAAGGCACGGGACACGGGCAUCUUGAUCUUUGCCAUUGGUGUGGGCCAGGUGGACCUCAACACACUGAAGGCCAUUGGGAGUGAGCCCCAUGAGGACCACGUCUUCCUGGUGGCCAACUUCAGCCAGAUUGAGUCGCUGACAUCAGUGUUCCAGAACAAGCUGUGCGCUGUCCACAUGUGCAGCAUCGUGGAGCAUAACUGCGCCCACUUCUGUAUCAACACGCCCGGCUCCUACGUCUGCAGGUGCAAACAAGGAUACAUUCUCAACUCGGAUCAGACGACUUGCAGAAUCCAGGAUCUGUGUGCUACGGAGGACCACGCCUGCGAGCAGCUGUGCGUGAAUGUGCCCGGCUCCUUUGUCUGCCAGUGCUACGGUGGCUACACCUUGGCUGAGGACGGGAAAAAGUGUGUGGAAAAGCUGGUGAGCGGAGUCUGGGGUCGUGUCCUGGUGGUGAGGGUGGUUUACAGGGCCAGACACAGCGUCUUCUUCUCCACAGCUGUGGACUAUUGUGCGUCGGAGGAUCAUGGCUGUGAACAUGAGUGUGUCAAUGCUGAUAGCUCCUAUGUUUGCCGGUGCCGUGAAGGAUUUGCUCUUAACCCAGACCAAAAAACGUGCACAAAGAUAGACUACUGUGCCUCCUCGACUCACGGGUGUCAGCAUGAGUGUGUCAACACAGAGCACUCCUACUCCUGCCGCUGCCUGAGGGGCUUCACCCUGAACCCCGACAAGAAGACCUGUCGCCGGAUCAACUACUGCGCCCUGAACAAGCCCAGCUGUGAACAUGAAUGUGUCAACACAGAGGAGAGCUACUACUGCCGCUGCCGCCGGGGCUACAGCCUGGACCCCAACGGCAAGACCUGCAGCCGGAUAGACCACUGCGCACAGGAGGACCACGGCUGUGAGCAGCUGUGUCUGAACACGGAGGAGUCCUUCGUCUGCCAGUGCUCGGAAGGCUUCCUCAUCAACGACGACCUUAAGACCUGCUCCCGGGUGGACUACUGCCUCCUGAGCGACCAUGGCUGCGAGUACUCCUGUGUCAACACGGACAGAUCUUUUGCCUGUCAGUGUCCAGACGGACAUGUGCUCCGCAGUGAUGGCAAGACAUGUGCAAGGUUGGAUGCCUGUGCGUUGGGGGACCAUGGCUGCGAGCAUUCCUGUGUGAGCCACGACCACUCCUUCGUGUGCCAGUGCUUUGAAGGGUAUCUGCUCCGGGAAGACGGGAAAACCUGCAGAAGGAAGGACAUCUGCCAGGAUGUGGAACAUGGCUGCGAACACACAUGCGUGAGCCGUGGCGAGUCCUACAUCUGCAAGUGCUUCGAUGGCUUCCGGCUGGCAGAGGAUGGCAGACGCUGCCGCAGGAAGGACAUCUGCAAGUCUACCCACCACGGCUGUGAGCACAUGUGUGUGAACCAGGGCGAGUCCUACAUCUGCAAGUGCUCCGAGGGAUUCGUUCUUGCGGAGGAUGGGAGACGAUGCAAGCGAUGCACCGAAGGUCCCCUCGACCUGGUCUUCGUGAUUGAUGGAUCCAAGAGCCUCGGAGAGGACAGCUUUGAGAUUGUGAAGCAGUUUCUCAUGGGGAUCAUCGAUUCCUUGGCCAUCUCCCCCAAAGCUGCUCGAGUGGGCCUGCUCCAGUAUUCCACACAAGUCCGCACCGAGUUCACCCUGGGCAGCUUCAGCUCGGCCAAGGACAUGAAGAAAGCCAUAGCACACAUCAAGUACAUGGGCAAGGGCUCCAUGACAGGGCUGGCCCUGAAGCACAUGUUUGAAAGGAGUUUCACCCAGCUGGAGGGGGCCAGGCCUCUCUCCGCACGGGUACCCCGAGUGGCCAUCGUGUUCACCGACGGACGGGCUCAGGACGAUGUCUCUGAGUGGGCCACGAAGGCCAAGGCCAAUGGUAUCACCAUGUAUGCUGUUGGGGUUGGGAAAGCCAUUGAGGAGGAGCUGCAGGAGAUCGCCUCCGAGCCCACGGACAAGCAUCUCUUCUAUGCCGAAGACUUCAGCACAAUGGGAGAAAUAAGUGAGAAGCUGAAGACAGGCAUCUGUGAAGCUCUAGAAGAUGCUGACCGAAGACAAGACUCCCCAGCUGGGAACCCACUAAAGAGGGACCACCAGCCAACAGUGCAGCACAGGUACCUGUUUGAAGAAGACAGUCGGUCACAGACGACACAAAAACGUUUCCAGUCCACAAAAUCCGCAGGAAACCCUUUGGAAGAAAAGCAAGAGCAAUGCAAGUGUGAGAACCUGAUCAUGUUCCAGAACCUUGCAAAUGAAGAAGUGAGAAAGCUAACCCAGCGCCUGGAAGAAAUGACACAGAGAAUGGAAGCCUUGGAGAACCGCCUGAGAUACCGAUGAAGAAGAGCAGGGACCUGCUACACUGAGGAUGGCCGAAGCAGUUCGGAGCCCCAGGGCUCAGGCUGUGUUUGGGUCUGUAACAUCGCAAAGGCAGACAGAACCAGUACUGAGAUGGCUGGCUUGCUACAAAGAGUAGACACACUAACUUGUGUGAGUUUAUUUAGAAAACUAUCUUUUUGAAUUCUGAGUUUACCAAGUGAGACUAAAUAAGCUAUGCAAGGCAUUUUGUAAUAUACUGUGGACAAGAUGUGCGUCAGCCUGGGCCUGCCUUAGAGUGUUGCAAUCUUAUUUGACCAUAAAGUUUGUGGUCUGACUUCCGUAGAACACUGGCCAUAGGAAAUGCUAUUUUUUGUAUUGGACUUUACCUUAAUUAUAUGCAUAUGGAUUUAUGCAUAAAACCACAGGACAUAUGUAGUUGUGCAACAAGCUGGGUUUUUUUUUAAAUACAACAUUAAAUUUAACUUC